AUGGCUCUAAGUUUGACACAACCACUCACUAAAACUCUUUCUUCUUCUUCUUCCUCUUUGGUCACCCAUCGGACACCUCAAAGUGUCCGUUUCCGGACCCCGCUGCGCUCCUUCGUCGUGCGCGCGGCUGCGACGGCGGAUAGGGAGUGCAGGGUGAAGUCGGUGAAGGCGAGGCAGAUUGUGGACAGCCGGGGGAACCCGACGGUGGAGGUGGAUCUGGUGACGGAUGAGCUUUUCCGGUCGGCGGUGCCGAGCGGCGCGUCCACGGGGAUUUACGAGGCUUUGGAGCUGAGGGACGGGGACAAGAGCGUUUACGGGGGGAAGGGCGUCCUUAACGCCGUUAUGAACAUUAACGAGAUCUUGGCUCCGAAACUCGUCGGCGUCGACGUUAGGAAUCAAGCUGAUGUUGAUGCUAUUAUGCUGGAAAUUGAUGGAACUCCUAACAAAUCAAAACUAGGGGCUAAUGCAAUAUUGGGAGUUUCACUGAGUGUAUGUAGAGCUGGUGCGGGGGCAAAGGGAGUGCCUUUGUACAAGCACAUUCAGGAGAUUUCAGGAACAAAGGAACUUGUUAUGCCAGUUCCAGCUUUUAAUGUUAUAAAUGGGGGCAGUCAUGCUGGAAAUAAUUUGGCUAUGCAAGAAUUUAUGAUACUACCGGUUGGAGCAACUUCAUUUGCUGAGGCACUCCGCAUGGGCAGUGAAGUUUAUCAUGUAUUAAAGGGAAUAAUCAAGGCAAAAUAUGGACAAGAUGCAUGUAAUGUUGGAGAUGAAGGAGGAUUUGCUCCCAACGUCCAGGAUAACAGGGAGGGGUUGGUUUUACUUAUGGAUGCCAUUGAGAAGGCUGGAUAUACUGGCAAGAUUAAAAUAGGUAUGGAUGUUGCAGCUUCGGAGUUCUACACUAAGGAUGGGAAGUAUGAUUUGAACUUCAAGAAACAGCCAAAUGAUGGAACUCAUGUUCACUCUGCUCAGAGUCUAGGCCAACUAUAUAAAGACUUUGUAAAAGAAUUUCCUAUUGUGUCGAUUGAGGAUCCGUUUGAUCAAGAUGAUUGGGGUUCAUGGACUUCGCUGCUCUCUUCAGUUGAUAUCCAACUUGUAGGAGAUGAUUUGUUAGUUACAAAUCCUAAGAGAAUAGCUGAGGCUAUCGAGAAGAAGGCUUGCAAUGGUUUGCUUCUAAAGGUUAACCAGAUUGGUACAGUAACUGAAUCUAUUCAGGCUGCACUUGACUCGAAGGCUUCAGGUUGGGGUGUCAUGGUUAGUCACCGGAGUGGUGAGACUGAGGAUAAUUUCAUAGCUGAUCUCUCUGUUGGCUUGGCCAGUGGACAGAUAAAGACUGGUGCUCCUUGCCGAAGUGAGCGAUUGGCAAAGUAUAAUCAGCUUCUUCGGAUUGAAGAAGAACUUGGAAGCGUGCGAUAUGCUGGUCAAGCUUUCAGAUCACUGUAG